AUGUCAAUCCCAAGAUAUCCCUUGGCUAUUGAAAAUCCUCCACCAAUGCCUCAGGAGCUUGAUUUCUUGAUCAACGAAUUGAGAUAUCCUAAGUCAACCACCAAUAUUCAGGUGAUACUUGGAUACCUUUACAACUAUCUACCAUACGUAAAGAAUGAGCAAAACUUGAAAAUAUUAUUCGCUUCAUUUCUUAAUAAUCCGUUGACUUUUGGUGCAAUGGCAGCGCCCUAUGAAUCGAACUACAUGAUAAUUGAAGUCAUGAAAUUGAUAACAGAAAAGAAACUUAAGGUAUCUAAACCAACAUUAACUAUAAAAAAGUGGUACGAAAUCAUCUUGAAAGAGAUGCAUAAUUUUGUAGCAUUUGAUCAGUUUGCAAACAGUUGGAAAGUAGUUCCAAUUAUAUCAGGAAUGUUUCUAGCUAAUACAGUGCGAUUUCAACUAUAUGUGUCAGAAAACUAUUUGGAGUAUGGCUUAUUUUUCAAAAAUUGGGAUCAUAAGGCACGAACGCUCUUUCGCAAGUCAUUGAACUAUACACUUUCUACCUCAAGGUCGUUUGAUAUUCUAAAUUUAUCCUUAUUAAGCUUAGCAGCCAUGUUUAACAAAGGAGAUAAUAUUGACGAAUACGUUACAGAUGUUAAGAAUUCACAUAUUAUCGAAAUGUUAAUAAACUUGGCAUUUCCUACAUCAUUGGAUGAUAAGAGACCCUAUUUACCUUUUUUUCAUGCUGAUCCACGAGACACAGAACUUGAGAAUACAAUCCAAACACAAGUUUUUCAAAAGCCUAUAAUCAAAAAUUUGAACAAGCUUUCAUUUAUUUUGGAAAACUGUUUUCAAAACAUGGAACUUUCCGAAGAGAGUCAACUUAAAAUAAUUGACGUUCUUUCACAAAUGCUACAUUUCAAUAGAAAUUUAAGCUAUUCUGUGCAAAAUUCAAUCUUUAAUCUUAACCCUAAGCUCAUCAAGAAUGACCAGCUUUUAAUGCAUCUUUUUUAUCUUUUAAAAAAUAUAUUAUUUUCUGAAGUAAUUAUAUUUCAGGGGAUCUUAUCAAGAUUUUUAGAAUCGAGUACCCGUCAAGGAAUUGGAAAUGUAUUUGAUACUUUUUUCAAGAGGAAAGAGGCUUCCUUGGAGAAAGACUAUAAAGAAAUUUCGCUCAAAGUUUUGCAUAACCUUUAUUAUCUCCAUUUUAUCUUGUGUUCAAUAGGUCAAGGUGGCUUUGACAAUUAUAAUUUUGUUUAUUACUUAUCUCUUGAGAUUUCACUCCAGGCUGGGAAUGUUUCUACAGACUUCGAAUACUUCACAAUGUACCUAAUUGGUGAUUAUCGAGAGAUAAAUCUCAAUGAAAAGACAUUGAACACCAAUUACAUGGUCCAGUGUAAAGUUUUGUUUGUAUUAGGACUAUGGGAGAAUUAUUUGCAGUUAAAGAAUAGGAAUGAUAGAUUUGUGAAAUCUGAUAUUGUUCCUAUCUGUAAAAGUCUUGUUGACGACAAAAGAUAUAAUAACUUUGAUAUAAUCGAGGCUGCACAUUCAGUAUUAUUGAUAUACUUCUCCAAAUUCGAUCUUCAAGAUUUGAAAGAAGCCAUGGACUAUAUCAAUUUACUUAUGAAUCAAUUCCCAAGACUUCUAUCGUCACAUCAGUUGAGCAUAGCGAUAGAAACAAUAGGUAAAAAGGUGCUAUCCAAGUCAAAAAUCAGUAGUGAUCUGGGACAGGACCCCGUUGGAUCUUUUCUUCAAUUUUUAUACUUUAAAAUUUUUUCAGUUGGACAAGGAAUUAAACUUAAAGACAAAGGCUCGAAUGAUGUGAGUUUCACGUCAGCACAACCGAUUCAAGAAAUAGAAGCAAAUUCAAGCUUGAAGAGCAUGGAGAGCGAUCCAGAUUCGUCAACAGAUAUUUUUCGUGCCAAUAAGAUGAAAAAGCCUAAAGAUAUAAUGAAGUUGGAUUUACCAAAAUCACAAAUAAGUCAGAAUUACAAUUUUGAAAAGAGAGUUAUACCAGAUACUCUUCGAGAAGCGAAAAUCCUAUCAAUAAUCAACUUGGUUCCGUAUUUACCUUUAUCAUCGUUCGUUUCUUGGCUCGAUAAAAUUUGGACGUUGAUAUUGUACAGCGAUCCUUCGGAAAAGGAAUUUUUGACCAAUAUGUUGUGGAAGGUUAUAAGCGAGAAUAUGGAUUUAAACAGAUGCGAAAUAGGGAUAAGAUGGUGGUAUGAGUCUCAGGGCUUAGCGGAACAUAAUAUAAUAACAGGAACUUCGAAAAAUAGGCUUUAG